UAAUUAUGUCAACGGUGACUACGAGCGAGGUAACUAUCCGACAAAGUAAACCAGAAGAUGUGAAGCUUUUGAUGGAGUUUGCUGAAGAUUUUGAGUGGGAUCUAUCUAUGUAUGACCAUUUGUCAUACAUUAAAAUUGACCCAAAUUAUCUGAUUGUUGCUGCAGACAGAAAUGACGAGCCAGUAGGAUUUUGUGGUGUAAGUCAGAAUGCUCCGAAUACUGUUUACUUUGGUAACUUCAUUGUGCGGAAAGAUCUCCGAAAAAGAGGCAUUGGACGGUUGCUAUGGAAGGCCAUGUUAGAGAAGGCCGGCGAUCAGAAUAUUGUUCUGGACGGGGGCCCAGACAUGGCAGACUGGUACAUAGCACACGGAUUUCCCUUCCAGGCUUAUAAAGUCCAAUUUUGCGUGGUUAAAGUUACAAGCGACAUGAAACAAGGUAUUCAGACGUCAUAUGACACUGUGACACUUACUGAAAACAUGUGGCCCGCUUUAAUGGAAUAUGAUAGGCAAGUGUAUCCAACCUUUGACCGAACGAGGAUUUUACGUGCCUGGUUUUCGGGAGAACUUGUUCGCGUUGCUGUUGCUAUGAAAGCUGGGAAAAUUGUAGGAUAUGGUAGCAUUCAUAGGAAACCGAAUAAUGAAUAUGGACUUCGAAAUGUUUUUGGCGACAAUGAAGAUGUCAUUGAAGCUCUUUUGCACAAUAUGCUUUCAGGAUUACCAAUAGGGACUGUUGUUCACUUCAUGAUAUUAGAAGACAAGCCUUUACCGAAAUACAUUCAACAUAGUGUAGCGGUUGAGGAAACUGCUAUUCGAAUGUUUAACAAGGUCAAAAUUGAAGCCAACACUGAUAAGAUAUGGCUUGCAACUGCACAUAUAGUUUAGUAUAAGGUGUUUCGAUUCUUUAUUUUGAUAUAUGUAGGAUGUUUAAAAUAUGUAGACUGGUUCUACUAUUUUGUCACGUGUAGUAUAGUAAAACUGGUACUGUUAUAAACAGUAACUCUUUGCAUUGAGAACUUUUAAUCAUAAUUAAUUUGCUCUUUAGAUAUUUACAAUAA